AUGAGCACCCAAUCCCGCGCUCGUGUUCCUAUUGAACCGCAAUGUGUGGAUGCUCCCCUCACGCAGGCUGCCACUUUUUUGGUGGUUACUAUUAAUAAUACGCCGAGGGCUGUUGGUGUAUUACGCUCAGUUCUGUCUAAUAUUGAUGGACUCGCUAAGAAUGUCGCUAUACGGGACCUCAGCGCCGUAUUCGCGUGCACAGUAGGUAUAGGCAGCGAAGCAUGGGACUUGUUGACUCGGCUACCUCGGCCUGCGGAACUUCGUCCCUUCGCGACUAUCCAAGGCGAAAAGCAUACAGCCAUCUCAACUCCAGGAGAUUUGCUAUUCCACAUUCGCUCGGAACGACGGGAUUUGUGUUUCGAGUUUGAGAGACAGCUACUGGAUGCCCUUGGCGAUGCUAUUACUGUCGUGGAUGAGACGGCCGGCUUUCGCUAUUUCGAUGUCCGUGACCUUCUAGGAUUUGUAGACGGCACGGCAAACCCUGUGGGAGCAGCCGUCCCGAGUUCUGUCUUGGUCAAUGAAGAAGACGCAUCUAGCGCAGGUGGGAGCUAUGUCGUGGUCCAAAAAUAUGUGCACGAUAUGAAUGCGUGGAAUUCGCUCUCUACCGAGCAACAGGAAGCCGUAAUUGGGCGCAAAAAGCUGGAUAACGUCGAGCUAGAUGACGCUGCAUCAGGGCAGCAGCAGUCACACAAGUCACUAGCCACGAUCGAGGACGAGAAUGGCACCGAGCACGAUAUCCUCCGGGAUAACAUGCCGUUCGGAUCUCCCGGAUCGAAAGAAUUUGGAACAUACUUUAUUGGGUACUCAAGGCGUCUCUGGGUCAUUGAGCGGAUGCUGAAGCGCAUGUUCAUCGGCGAUCCGCCUGGCUUGCAUGAUAAGCUUCUUGAUUUUUCGACCCCCUUAACGGGCACCACCUUCUUUGCGCCAUCCUUAGGGCUAUUGAAGACCCUAGGUUAG